AUGCUCGAAUCUAAUAUUCAGUAUUCUAAUUGAGUUAACAUUUAAUGAUUUUAAGUGUCUAUUGAAACGUAAGAACAUCUAGGUCUUGCCGGACCUAUCUGCGUUUUUUUACUUAUAGUCCAACAUUUUAUAGUAUUUAGUUAUUUUUAUACUCAUUGUAAGAUAAUGUAUUCUUCAAUCAUAUUUCGUACUUGUCGUAUUUCACAGUUCAGGAGUUGUUUGAACAAAGUAAACUAUCAACAUCCUUUGGCCGCAGCAGUCAACUUCAAAUGCUCAUCCACAGAGUCCAAGUUUAACAGUAUCAGCAUUCAAACUAAUGACACAGAGUGGAGAAACAUCUACAUUGGAACUUUAGGUCCACGAAUCCGUAACUUGAAAAUCGUAUCAUUUAUGACCAGCGCUGUAGGUUUGUGUAUUCAGCCUAUGGUAAUACAAAAAGCGGCAGAAGUGGGCAGUAGCUUGGCAGCCACCAUUGGUGUAUGCACCAUUGCUGGAUUUUUUACAUUUAUUACUCCAGUACUCAUUCAUUUGGUAACAAGAAAAUAUGUGACGUCUAUUGAAUAUAACCAAAACACUGACGAGUACAAUGCCACAACUAUUUCAUUUUUUUUAAAACCUAAGAAGGURCAAUUUAAACCAUUUGAAGUAAGAUUGCCAUUGACACAGAAAUUAACUGUCACAUUUUAUGCAAAACAAUACCCUCUUUUUGUGGAUCCACAAGCAUUUGAUGAUGUAAUGCAUUAUCAACGUUUAUUAGGUUAUGAUAAGCCUUUCACAUUUGAGAAAGAAGAUAAUAAUGUUAUUAGAAAACCUGUAGUUAAGGCUGCUAAUAAGAUUUAAGCUUAAAUUUUACUUAAUAGUUGUUUACCAUUAUUUUAUUGAAUCCAUUUUGAAAAUACAUGCAAUUUAAAAAAUUUA